AUGUUUUCGAGAAAAUUAAUCCAUUCACAUCAAUUAUAUCGCAUCCAAGGUGAUUUAUAUACUUUAAUUAAACCAAUAGGUUAUGGAACAUAUGGAUCUGUAUGGAUGUCAAAAACACAAAAUGGUGAAUAUGUUGCUGUGAAAGUAUUUAAUUUCAAUCAAUCAAGUAAUAAUAUUGAUGUGAAUGAACGUUUAAAUUCUUUUAAUAGUGAAGUUCAAAUGGCAAAUCGAUUAUUAAAUGAAAGUGAAUAUGUUGUAACAAUGUAUGGAUAUGAAUUUCAAUCAAAAUAUAAUUUGGCUUUUAUAGUUUUGGAAUUAGCAGAUGAAUUAUUUUUAGAUCGAAUUCGAAUUCUUCAUAAAAACCAUUUGAAUUCAAAAUAUUCAGAAUCUGAUGAUUUUAUUUCAUCGAAGGAUCGACAAAAUAUCUGGAUUCAAUUAAUUAAUAUUCUUCUUGCACUUCAUCGACACGGUGUUGUUCAUCGUGAUCUCAAACCGGCUAAUUUAUUAUAUUUCGGAAAAAGACUUAAAGUUAUUGAUUUUGGUUCAGCACAAGAUGAAUUUGCAGGAUACAGUGGACGUCAAAGAAUAGGAGGUUCACGCCCUUACAGUGCACCUGAAUGUUUUUCAGGACAAAUACCGAUAACAUCAAAAGCUGAUAUCUGGUCCGUUGGUGCGAUUUUAUACUUUUUGACCUAUGGAAAAAGACCUAUUUAUGAAAAUCCACGUCCACCAAAUGGUGUUUCAUCAACUAGUUCUCAUCUUGUUCAAGAUAUUCUUCAUCAUUGUCUUCAACGAAAUCCAAAUCGACGACCAGAUCAUCAAUGGCUUGUUCAACAUCCUUUAACAAAAUCAUCUCGCUUAGGAUUUUUGAAUUGGUUGAGAAUUCAUUGA